CCCCCAUUUUGAACUCGCUUUUUUCUUUGUAGAAUUUUUCAAAUUCUCCAUUUUUCUUUCAAAUUCAAACAUUAUUUUAUGUAGCUAUGUUUCUGAUUUACAGAACAUAAAUAUAAUUAUAUUACAUUACAUUCCAUGCAGCGGAUGCCUAAAUAUUGUGUAAUUUUGUUAAUAACAUUUAUACACAUACGUCUUAUCAGGUGUGAGUAACAGUAGCAAACUGCGUUUGGUACAUAAUACACCCCUCGUCUGCUAAAAUGUAGUAGUUGAAGGCAUGUGCCGUUGCCCCACCACCACUACAACGACAAGAACAUUGACUUAACGGAGGAACAUUUUCAACUACACCAAUAUUUUCAAAACAAGUUACCCAUGGCUUCGCAACUAAGAACUACACCGUAUGAAGACGACGACGACAGUGAGGACGACGACGAUAGCAGUCAAGACGACGACGAUAGCAGUGAGGACGACGACGAUGACAGCGAGGACGAUGACAAUAUCUACAACUACAAGAUCGAGCAGGCCUCAAUAACGGUACCACAUGAAAAACCACCAAGUCGCGGUCACCAAUCCAAUUAUCAACCAUACUUGAAACCCCAACCAAAUUUUCAACCUAAACUAAAUUUGCAACGACGGCAACAGCAAUCAAAUCUACAACUUCACCCAAAUUUUCAACUUCAACCAGAUUUUCGGCCUCAACCAAAUUUCCAACCUCGUCGAUAUUCUCAACAUCAGUCGUCCGUGCCUUCAAGACCAGCAGUUAACUCAUCGCCGUAUGUCGUACAGCUUCGUGACGACGGUUCAAAAACGAGAAACCACAAUAUACCACCAAGUGGCCGUCGUCAAUCUAAUUGUCAGCCACAUUUGAAAACCCAACCAAAUUUGCAACCUCGACAACAUCGAUCAAAUCCUGGACUUCACUCAAAUUUUCAAUGUCGGCAACAUCCUCAACACCAGCCAUCCGUGGCUUCAAGGCCAGCAGUUAACUCGGCGCCUCGUGUGGAGCAAUUUACCGUUACAACUAGCAGAACUUGCCCUUCAUGCGACCGGGAAACAUUAAAACGCACAUUCACCUUAAAGGGCUGGCUUUACGCCAUAGGUUGUUUCCCGUGUGGAAUUAUUUGCUGCCUCGACAUGCGCAAGAAAAAGUGCAGCCGUUGUGGAUACUUAAGAUCGUAACCAUCUAAAAAGCUAUACUAGUUAACCAUUGCGGUUAAUUAAUUAAUAAUAAAUACUAACAUUACAUACUAUACAGGUGUUCUGGCGGUCUUUCUCUGAAAAACGGGUAGAAAUUUUGAAAUUCUGUAAACGGUAUGCUUUUAAUUGAAGGGGAGAGCUUAAUGUAGUGCAUUACAAAUAUG